AUGAGGAAUUCUCAAGGAAGAACACAACCCCAUGGAGUUGAUGAAGAAAAUAAUGAAAUAUUGCCUUCUUCUCAUCAAGAGAGGGAAGAAGAGCAGGAGAAUGAGAAGGUUGUUACACCACUGCCCAAGCUACCAAUGAUUAUGAUUUCUAUGAUUAUUAUAUCGGAAGCUGUUGGGUAUGCAUUGUUGUAUCCUGUGGUUCCAUUCAUGGUGAGGGACUUUCUUGUGUAUGAACAUCAGAAUGUGGUGGCACAGAAUCAGUCAAUUAGUUCUUCAAUGGUUGGGUUUUUACCUAAUUUUGGAUUGAAUAGAUUGUAUCCGAUUGCAACAUUUGGAAAUGAUUUUAGAAAUGAUUUUGUGGAGAGAUUUUCAGUGUUGAAUAAUGGAAAUUUUACAUUUAAUUCUACAUUUAAUUCAACAUUAAAUGGAACAGAGCCAAUUUUUGAGAUACCUGAAGAAACUGUUGGAUUAAUGAUUGGAGCACUUUCGUCUGCAUUUUCAGCUGCACAACUCCUUUCUAAUUGGUUCAUAGCUAGAGCUAGUGAUCAUGUUGGGAGAAAACCACUCCUAUUGCUGGGUUUAGUGUUUAAUAUUAUAUUCAUGAGUAUAUUUUCAGUUUCUAGGAGUUUUUGGUUUGCAUUGGCGAUUAGAAUUUCACAUGGUUUAUUGAAUGCCAAUAUUCCAAUUUACAAAUCCUUCUUGAUGGAUAUUAGUGAUUCUACUAAUCAGGAAAAGGCAUUUGUUAUUAUUUCAAUUUUGUGGAGUUGUAGUAAUAUUGUAACUCCAGGUAUAGGAGGUUUUUUGGUAAAUUUUGCAGAGAAAUUUCCAGUUCUUUUCGGUGGAGAGCAAUCAUCUCUUUACAAAUUCUUUAGUGAAAAUCCUUUCAUUCUUCCAUUCUCAAUUCCUGUAUUGAUGAAUGUUGUUACACUUGUACUUUCAGUUUUCCUUUUGAAAGAGUCCCUUGCCAAACGAUUUGAUUUUGUAAAUUGGUUCAAAACCAAGUUGGGAAAAAAGAAGGAAAACAUGGUGGUUGAAUUGGUGGAAACUGCUGAUAAUCACACGAUUGUGGACGAUUCAAAGGAUAAUCUGAUUAAAUUAUCAGAACAUGAAACACAAGAAACUGGUGGUGGUAGCAAACCUAGCUCACAAAAUAGUAUGCUCAUGCUUUUGAAAGAUUCUACAGUUGUGAAAGUUGUUUCCCUCUAUCUCUUCUUGGGUAUUUUUACUAAUUUGGCGGAUGAGCUUGUUCCAAUUUUCUUCAGUAAUUCAGUUAAAAAGAGAGGUUUAGGAUUGGAUUCACUCAUAAUUGGAUUAAUUCUUUCAGUUGGUGGUGUCACUUCACUAGUCAUGCUAAUUAUCUAUCCAUUGCUUUCUAAAAAGUUUGGCUUUUUGUGGCUCUAUAGAAUCGGCUGCUCUCACUCAAUGGUUUAUACUUCUCAAUUCCUGAUGAUUAAUAAUGCCUCUCCAUCACCAGAACAUAUUGGAUCUAUGAACGGAUUGGGACAUAUUUGUGCAUCGAUUGGAUGGGCUAUUGGACCUUUCUUGUGUGGAGUAUUAGUGGAUGUUGGAUUGAAAUUUUCAAGAGAUAUCGAGACAGCAGAUCCAGAUUCAUUCUUUGCUAAAGUUCCAUUUGUUGACAAGUUGAGCUUUAUUGUUUGUUCAUUGAUUUGCUUUUUCAAUUUAGGACUUUCGUUUACAGUACCCAAGUCGAGUGUCACAACAAGAAGAUAUGAAAAUCCAUCUAAAAAGAUUGAGCAAGCUUAA